AUGGAGGGUGUGCGCGAGCGAGGAAGCAGCAGCCGUCGUUCCCACCCACGAUCCUCGUCGCUCCGCGAAGGCGUGUACGACGGCAGGCGGCACGACGACGUGCAGGAGGAAUGGGGGGAGCGCGGGGAGGAGCGCGGGGAUCGGGGGGAGCGCGGGGAGCGGGGGGUCGUGCGGGAUAAGGAGCAGGAGCGGGCGAGACGGCGGGCGCGAGAGAUUGAGAGGGAGCGAGCAAAGGAGAGAGCGCUAGAGCGACGGAUCGACAACCUAUCCUGCGGUACCAGCUCCUUCGGCGCUACGGUUGACAGCCAUGGAUACGAAAACACCCGUGAGUCCGAACAAUACCGUGGGUACAGUCCGUCUGACGGUAACGAUAACGAUCACGGAGCUGGAACAGUUGCCGGCCGGCAAGAGCUGGACUACCGUCAGGGUUCGCAGUACCGUCAGAAUGUGGAUUACCGCCAGGACGCGAACAAUGGUGCUGACGUGGAGCCGCCGUAUCACAUGUUCGCGAAGAGCGCAACGACCGUCGCACCGCCGGCCAGACACAGCGGCCUCGGAUUCGGAGAAUCGCCGGUACAUUCAUUAGACGUGCCACGUCAGCGGAGCUUCAGGGAAAGGAGAUCCGCGUACGACAUGGGUCAAGGGAGCGUGGGAUUCGGAGAAUCUCCCGUUCACGGAACAGAUUUUCCACGUCAGCAGAGCCUGAGGGAGCGCCGAGAGCGGAGGUAUUUACCUCACGCGUCGCGGGCUGCAGUUCCGCAGUCCGCUAGCAUCUCGCCGUUUAGGGUUCGCGUUAACCCGCGAGCAGGUGUAGCGGAUGUACUCGUUACUAGCAGCCCCGAUUUAAGAGUCAGCUACGCGUCUCCGCAGGUUCUCGAAGCGGCGCUAGAUCUGCGGCGCCAAGCCACAUCAACCGUUCCGCGCAGCGGAAGCAGGAGCCGCUCGGGUUCCGCCAGGCGCGGGGUUCCGCGCGUGAGCAGCGGAGGCGGGGGCGGGGGAAGAGUGCAGCGGUCCGCGUCUGUGGGUUUGUCGGAUUCGGCGGAAGAGGAGGAGGAGGAGGACGACGGGGAGGAGUUUUUGACGUCGGUUCCGCCUGCUGCUAUGGAUGUUCUGUUGGGGAACACGGGGAAAAAGACUGGAUCUGGCGGGUGGAGAAAAUCCGCUUCUACGUCAUCAACAGGGUCGGCAGUACCAGCAGGGGGGCAGGGGAGGGCGAGGGGAGCGCAGACGGCAGGGCAAGGGUGGGAGCAGGGGAUAGGGCAAACGGCCGGGCAGGGUGCAGGACAGGGGUUUGGGCAGGGAGUGAUGGGGGGAAGCAGUUGGGAGAGAAGGGUGGAGGCGCAGGGGGAAGCGAUGUAUGGCGGGCCGGAAGCGGAGGAGGACGAGGAUGGGGUACUGGAGGCGUAUGCUGUGGAUGAUUUGGAGGAGUUGGAUGCGGUGGAGGUGGGUGAUGGUGCAUGGGUGGUGGAGAGCGAGUUUCACUCCCCACGGCACCAAGAGGAAAUGAGGCGCCGCUCCUCCUCUCUCUCCCCUGCACGUGGCGCCGUCUUUGCCUCUGCCUCAGUCACAGCCUUUGCAUCAGGUGACCGCUCUCCUCUCCACUCUGCCGCUGCUGGUCGCCACGAUUGCUCCUCGCCUCUCAGAAGCGCUGCCCCUGGCGUCUCAGGUGGUGGGGCUCCUGCUGCUGGCUAUGGGGGCGGUGGGGCGUAUGGGCAGCAGGGGCAACAAGGGCAGUACGGGCAGUACGGACAGCAGGGACAGCAGGGGCAGCAGGGGCAGUAUGGGCAGCAUGGGCUCUCCAGCAGCAGCGGUAGCCUGGGGCAUGUGUCACCUGGUCACGGGCACGUGUCUCCUACGCUUGCGCGCCUCUCACCUGGUUCGGGCCGUGCCUCUCCCACCCGCGGCUGUGCCAGCAGCGACACAGGGCGAUCUCAGGAAGGAGUUGGUGUUGGCGCUGGAGGUGGGGUGGGGAACGCGGAGGAGGGGAAGCAGGAGGGCGGAGAGGGACGUGUGGGGAGUGGGCGGAAUGGGGAGGGCGAUCUGGUUGCAGCUGCUGCUCUGGUUAGCGGAGCAGCGGGUGCAGGUGACAGCAGGGAGAACGAGGAGGGCGCAGGAGGAACAGGAGGAGCAACAGGAGGGGAUUCGAGUGUACCACCUUCUGUCGAUGCUGGUUCUGAUGCUGGUGCAGGGGCGGCAGCAGGGGCUGCUUCAGGUGCGAGUACAGAGGCUGCUGGUAAGGGAGGUGCAGCCGGGAAUGGAGGGGGAGGUGGUGGAGGUGGAGGAGGGGGAGGAGGUGGGGGUCUGUCAGGGAUAGCGCUGGCCCGGAAUCUGAGUCUGCAGGUGAAGAAGGCAGAGCAGCAAAUCUCGCUUGACAGGAAUCUGUCGCUGCGCAACAUCAAGAAGCAGGGCAAGGAUCUGGUGCCAAAGCUGACCACCCUGCUCAAGAAGUCAGCCAGCUCAGCAGGCGCAGGAAUAAGCUAUGCAGGCGCGGCAGGGCUGAGUGUAGCAGGGGCGGGGAUCAGCGCAGCGGGGGCGGGCAUCAGUGCGACAGUGGGGAAGAGACCGCCCAAACCUGGCCGGUCUGCGACUGAGAAGGAACGCUCCAUGCCGUCGCUCUCCAUGCCCUCCAUGCCACGGUCGCUCACACUCUCAAGGCACAAGGACGGGCCUGAACGGCCAGAGAAAACCUUUGGGGACCUGCCCGCACCCAAGCGCACUCACUUCCAAUACUCUGAGCUCCAGCUGGCAACGGGGAAUUUCGACGAAGCGAAUGUGCUGGGCCAGGGCGGCUUUGGGAAGGUCUACUAUGGGGUGCUGCCAGUGCAGCCAGCGCAGGUGGUGGCGGUGAAGGUGCUGACAAGGGGCGGGUCGCAGGGCGAUGAGGAGUUCACGAUUGAGCUGGAGCUGCUCAGCCGACUAGAGCACAAACACCUGGUGAAGCUGUUUGGGUUCUGCAUGCGAUCACAGCAGCGCCUGCUGGUCUACCAGUUCCUGCCCAACGGCUCACUCACGGACCACAUGCACGGUAAGAAGAGAGAAGAGAAUGGGCCGCUGUCAUGGGAGCGGCGGCUGCGGAUAGCAGUGGGGUCGGCGAGGGGGCUGCAGUACCUGCACUCGCAGAGGCCCCAGAUCCUCCACCGCGACAUCAAGUCGUCCAACAUCCUUCUCACGGAUAAUUUUGCUGCCAAGGUGGCGGAUUUCGGGUGUGCGAAGCUGAUAAAGCAGACAAUCAAGGUGGAGGACCCAGUGACUGGGGAGCUGGUGGAGCGGCUGGGAGAGAGCGUUGACGUGGCCAUGGGCACUCACGGGCACAUGGCUCCGGAGAUUCUGAUGACUGGGGAAAUCAGCUCUGCCACUGACGUGUACAGCUUUGGAGUGGUGCUCUUUGAGCUCAUCACGGGGCGCGUCCCUGUCUUGCCCGAUGGCAUGCAGCUCGUGCACUGGAGGCCGAUUAGUGCGUCGCUGAUCCGCUUUGCAGAGCUGGCUCACUCGUGCAUCCUCUUUGACCCGCUCUCCCGCCCCUCCAUGGCGGAUGUGGCCCAUGCCCUCCACGCCAUCUAUCUCGCAAUCGCGGGUCACACCACAAGGGCUCUCAACCCAACAGCCACAGCUGUGGCAGCAGUAACGCGAGCGGUGGUGGGGUGUUACCGCCAAACGAAGGGGGGAGUCGAGAGGAGAAGCUCGAGCUGUCGACCGUGGUCUCUCGUUUCGCUUCGAAGCGCACUAUUAAGGGAGCAGCUUGGUCCGUCACGAGCCGCCAUGAGCGGCGUGUUGGAGCUCACCGUGGUGGGAGCGUCGGGGCUCAAGGACAAGGAGCUCUUCACGAAGCAGGACCCAUACGUCGUGGUGGAGUACGGUUCGCAACGGUUCCGCACCAAGACAGAUAAAGAUGGCGGCACCACGCCUGCAUUCAACUCCACGUUCCACCUGCAGCUGCUCCCAGGUGUGGAGGAGUUCUCUGCGGUGCUGUGGAAUGACAACCUGGGGCGCGACGACGUGAUUGGUAGCUGCCGCGUGAACUUCCGUCAGGCGUUCUCCAUGGGCAUUUGGGACAUGUGGCACCCCGUCUACACCAAGAGCCAGAAGCAACGCGGCAGCCUUCAUUUGAUCAUCAAGGCUCCUGGAGCUAGGGCACCCGGAGGAUACCCACCUGCACCGUACCCCACCGCACCAUACCCCCCAGCCCCAGCAUACCCAACAGGGUCACCCUACCCGCCCCCAUCCGGCCCACCAAACCCCUACCCUCCCGCCCCAGGCUACCCCACCCCUCCCCCAUCCGCCUACCCUCCCCCAUCCUCCUCCGCCCCUCCCCCAGCCGCCUCCCCUUACCCCCCCGCCUCCUCCUACCCUGCCCCUUACCCCCAGAGCGCCCCCGCCCCUUACCCUGCCGCUCACACCGCCCCUCCUGCCUACUCCAAGCCUCCAAGCGUCUCCUCUUCAGUUAACACUGUGCUGGGAGCAGUGGGAGCAUUGGUAGGAUCAGCAGCAGCAUAUGCGGGUGCGCAUGCGCAUAGCCAUAGCCAUUACCCCCCUGCGCCGUAUGGGUAUCCUCCCCCUCCUACUGGCCCGUAUGGGUAUGGGGCUCCCCCUGUGGUGGUACACCACCAUGGGCACGGUUACCACGGGCAUCAUUACAAGCACAAGUAUAAGCGCAAGGGGUUUUUUGGCCGCCGCAAGGGGUUCUUCAAAUGA